GCCACUUGUGACCUGGUGCCUUGGCAGGGCCUGCCGCUGAGCGAGACGUCUGUGGCUUUUGGACCUUUUGGGACGCUGCUUUGUGUGCCUCCCGCCGGCGAGGCGGCCGAGGAGAGGAUGGACCUGCCACGCAGGUUCCCCUGGUGGCGCGACCAGCGGGUUCCCACCAGUGACAGGACCGGCAAGGUCCGGGCAGGUCCGUUCGACAAGAAUGGGACGUUUUGCGUCGGUUGUGCGGGCCACUUUCCCAUCCUCCCACAAACACCCAUCCAUAUGCGGGCGAUCGUUUGUGGGCGGAGAUGGAAUAGGCGACGUCUUCCAUCUUGUUGACAUUGCGUCGAUUUGCUUCCGCCCCUUACCAACGCACAUGGGAGGCGAGAGAAGACGGAUUCAGAUGAAACGCCCAAUGCGUCACAAGAGACCGGAUGACCCGAGGACCUUUAAGAUGACUCUGGGAGGCGGGAGGACGAGUUUCUCUCGUGGCCUUUCUGUUCUCCUACGUAGCCCUUUGCGCGACACCCCCGCCGCCCCCGUCCCCCGCUCCACUUGUACACAAUGUCUAGCGACUCACCUGAUUGGGUUUUCACCAUGUUUGCCUUCUUUGGCUUCGCGUUGGUGCUGAUUCCUCUCCCGUGGCAUCUGGAAUCUUGGAACGUUGGAACCUGCCUCUACAUGGUCUGGACGGGCCUGGCUUGCCUGUGCCAGUUUGUCAACUCCAUCGUUUGGCGUAGCGACGUUAUCAACCGAGCGCCUGUAUGGUGCGACAUCUCCACUCGGAUCAUGAUUGGUUCAGCUGUGGCUAUCCCUGCCUGCUCCCUCUGCAUCAACCGGCGCCUGUAUCAUAUCGCUUCCGUCUCCUCCGUGACGAAGACCCGCGCUGAGCGCCGCCGUGGCAUGAUGGUCGACUUCGCCAUCGGUCUCGGUCUUCCUGUCUUGGAGAUGAUUCUUCAGUACAUCGUCCAGGGUCAUCGCUUCAAUAUAUUUGAGGAAAUCGGCUGCUAUCCAUUCACGUACAACACCCCUCCCGCCUACGCGCUGGUCUUUUGCUGGCCCGUCGUCAUUGGUCUCAUUUCCAUCGGAUACUGUGUUCUCACCGUUCGCGAACUCGCUAUCCGCCGCGCACAGUUCCUGGAGCUGCUGUCCGCCAACCGUAACCUGAGCUCGGGCCGCUACUUUCGGCUCAUGGGUCUCGCCAGCAUCGAAGUGCUAUGCACCGUCCCGCUCGGCGCGUACUCGAUCUACCUCAACGUUACCACCGAGCCCAUCGAGCCCUGGAUCAGCUGGGAGAACGUCCACGUCGACUUCUCGCACGUGAACCAGGUGCCCUCGAUCAUCUGGCGCCAGACGCCGGAGGCGGUGACGUCGCUGGAGCUCAGCCGCUGGUCGGUUGUUAUCUGCGCGUUCAUCUUCUUUGGGUUCUUCGGCUUCGCCGACGAGGCCAAGAAGCACUACCGCCUGGCAUACACUUCCGCCACGAAGCGCCUGGGCCUCUCCACUGGCUCGUUCGGAUUGACCACCAACGGAACCAACCCCGACAUGAUGUGGGACUCCAAGAACGGCGCGAUCCCCGUGUUCGUGUCCCGGAACACCGAGCGCAAGCGCGACUCGUUCGCCUCGUUCUCGACCAACAUCUCUCUGGGCGACUUUGGUGGCGCGCUCGACGACGUCAAGGACGCUCCGCCGUACUCGCCGGCCGAGUCGUCCGGCUCCGUCCACGCGCUCCCCAAGCGCCCCGAGCCGACGCUCGACCCGUCCUCGGCGCCCCGACACAAGCCGGAUACGCCCGAGCCGGUGUCGCAGCGCAACUCGAUCGAGGAGGUCGUCUGAUCUGUUUUCGUGCCGUUUUCUUUAUUCUUGGUUUAUUUCUGUGGGAUCUCUUGUGGUAAACCUCAUCAUCGACAAACUAUUCCCAUGUUCCAUUUUCAAGUGUCCGAACAGCCUUGAAUCAUAUCCAUCCAAUUGUGCUUGCACGUUCUCUCAUCAUCGUUCACUCUGUAUCCCUAGUACCCAUACCUUUCUUUUUCCGCUCCUUUUAAUGCACAGAAUACCCCAGCUAUAGGCGGACCUUCCAUCCACCGGACCCACUCACCGUUGAUUACUCUUAUUGUUACUGUAUUACAACUAGACUGAUGUAGCCCCUACGCAAAGUGAAUUUCGUACGCGUCUUGAAUAGACUAGCC